CCAUACACAGCUCGUGAUCUACAGUCAACUGAAGAUUACAUAGAUUUUAAACUGAAAUCCUUAAGAGUAACUAUGAAAUAUUCAGCUAUGUGAAUUGUUGGUCUGUACUAUUCACUGCUCAUACGAACUCUGUUGCAAAUCGUUGGGGAGAAAUCAACGUUUUACGAGUACUGAGAAUGAGAGAUAAAGAGACAAGACAAUGUGGCUUGCCAAGUGUUGGCUGUAAAACAAGUACCUGCAACUCGCUUACAAUGUCUCAACUUACAGAGCAUUACAAGAGAAAGCAAAGAUUAAAUGAUGAAAUGCGUGAUAAAACCUAUAACAAAGACGUUCCUCGUCGAGAAAUAAAAAGGCCGUACUUGUUAAAACUGCCCAAAAUUAUUCAACAACAACAGCCUAUUAUUCAGGUACCUCCAAAAAAGGAAUCAGGUACUAGCAAAAAUCAGAGAAACUCGGUGAGUGAAUUAAAAUUACCGGUUAUUAAAUCAGAAAAUGAAAAGAAAACAUCAACUCGAAAUGAAUAUCAGCUUAAAGACUCCAGUCAGUUAGGAAGAGGGUCAGUAAAUAAAGCCUUCUACAGCUCGGCAACUGAAUUUCGUGCUGGUCUCAAAAGAGAGACGUCUAAAAUUGACCAGGGAAUGGAUCAAAACAAGCUGUAUGACGACAGUAAAGGAAUUGAACAAAGGGCCGAUAGACUAAAUGGAAUUGAAAUGAAAAUUGACUGCCGAAUCACAGAAGCACUCGACAAUCUAAGAGUACCAAUUGUUGAUUUGGAAACUAGCACAAGUACAAAUAAUGGCCCUAAGACAAUCUCUUGUAAUGAGUAUGCUAAGAAAAUGAUGCUACGUAAAAAGAAAUCAUGGAAAGAUCGAAGAAGAGAAGCGAAACUCUUUGAUAUUAAUCUCCUAAAUCCUCAGCGUGCCAUGCUUACGUCAUCUGCCACGGCUAGGGGAUUAAAAGUUCUAAAAGCGAAUGAAGUAAUGAUUUACAGAUUUUGUUUAUCGAAUUACAGCGAAGUUGAUUUCCACACUGUGACAGAAUAGCAUCAGUGCCUGAAUCCUGAAAGAAUUAAUCAACAGUUCGAUUAUAUAUUCUGAACUGAAAUACACCCUUCUCAUAAUGUCUGACAAGUGCACGAAAACGAGGUCACCCAGUCAGUAUUUCACAAUAAAAGAUAUAAAAUUACAUGAAAUGACUUUAAAGAAGAAAAGUAUCAAAAAUGACCUUUGUUUUGAUCUGAAUUAGCGCUAACAGCCUUUAUUUUGAUUGAGCAGCUUGGCUCAACCUUGCAAGAUGACUGGGUGACCUCGUUUCCGUGCGUUCAUCAGCCAUUAUGAGAAGGGUGUAUGCCCCCUGGGAAGAGUUUACCAACAAGAGCUUUUACUCCACUUGAUUUCGGUUAUCGAUAUUUUCUCGUAUGAUCAUGAUAUUGCUAUAAUUUCUGUUUUUAUGGUAUUGCGACUACUGCAUUUACCCAAAGGGACCAGCAUUUCGCAGUCCCCGCGCACAAAUUAGUACCCAAUCCCCGUCGUUCUAUUCAGAGCUAUCAUGACUAUCAUGCCUCUUCAAGAAAAACAGCGCUGACGUAAUAAUGAUAUUUCUUGAUAAAAGGUAAAACACAGCCGGGAUUUUAAUCCGUGCCCUUUAAACUCGAGUUGAUCAACCCUUUCUUCGCAUUACUUAGCUAGCAAUCAGUUUGGCUGUCCAACGAAUAGAUAAAUUCGCUUAGUCCAGACCUGAACCAGUUUUUUAUCGAUCCAUCAAUCUAAGUAUGAAAUAGAGAGCGGAUAAUACAUAAAAGUAGCUAAAUGUUUAUUGAUUGGAUAUUUUCAAUGCCCGCGCAAGUCUCUUACUUCAUUCCUCUUAUUCCAAGUGUGUUCAAGCGGAAGCGAUGUUAUGGCUCAGAUAGAUAUAACGAAAGAAGAAUGGCUGUUCCACAUCUCAUGCAUUUUAAAAGAGAAGUUGUAGAGGGCCACAACAUAGUUAAUGGAGCGGAAUGGUUAGGAAAUCUAUUGUUCUAUGUUUUUGUUCGUCUUUAUCAAUCGUUAUAUGACAUUGACAGUGCACAGUGAAGGAAAAGUUUCUCCAUUUGUUCACAGUAUUAGGGAAUAUAAAAGUUUUUUUACCCUUAAAAAUCGUUCUAAAAUAUGUAUUAUUUGUUAAUUAAUCCUAUAUGAUUAAUAUUUUAAGUUGUUUAUUGAAAA